AGAUGCAAAUCUAUUAUAAAAGUUCUUCAUGCUACGUAAUGGAGAAAUAGGAAGGCAUAUAUAUAGCUUAUCUCAUAUAGCCAGUCAAAGGCGACACUGAAAUACAAUAUUACAUACAAAUGUCAAAUUUUGCUUGUUACAACAAUUAAUAUUAUAUUGUGAAUUAUACAAUGAGAGAUUUAUUAGAGCUGUAUGGUACAGAGGAUGACAAUCCAGUUUCUGUGCUUGUGCGAAGAAUGCAAAUACCCGUGAUAGCAGGCAUUGGUACUGGAUUAGCACUUCAAGCUUCAAAAGGUAUACUUGAAACCCCUGCUACAUUUGGAAGAAUAGCAUAUACCACAUUACCUAUUUGUGGUAUAGGUUUUUACUAUCUUGCUGGUACUUAUAUAACAGAACGUAUAAGAGGAAAAGAUAGUACAAUGAAUCAUCUAAUAGGAGCAUAUUGUACUUUUCCAGUGCUUCGAAAAUUUCUGCCUUUGGGUUAUACUACGGCAAUACUAUUUUUUAUUAGUUUACCUUUAUAUGCAGUGGUACGUGGUUUUAAAGAAAGUGAAAAUCGAUUGCCUUUUUCACAAUCUCUGAAUUAUACGUUACAAAACACAGGUUUUAAAAUGAAUGUGUGGUUACAAAAUAAGUCAUCAGAACCCUAUGUUAAGCGUGAAUCAUAUAAUAUAUUUACAGUUCCUUCCAAGUAAAGCAAUUAUAAACUGAAUAUAACAUAUAGUUUAUUGUAGUCACGUUUAUUGUAUAUUUAUUCAUAUAUAAUUUCAAUAAAUACAAAAAUCCUAAACUAUGA